UCUAUAUCCACUGUACACAUGUAUCUUUGUGUAUCACUUGUUGUUUUUGCAAGUGCUGUAACUAGCUUCCUAUAGCCAUUAGCGGCCAGUAAUGGAAUCAAUCCUCAACCCCAACUUCUCUCAAUCUCACUACUUACUUAACCACAAUUCCAAUCAGCAGCAUCCUUAUCUUGGUUUUUCUCUUAAAGACAUUGCAGAUGGACCGCUCUAUUUUAGGUACCAAUGUCCCGUAUUUAGCUUCAGAUCUGAUGGAAUUAGAAGAGCAAGACUUGUCCUAAGGAAUUCUGAGAGUAGACAAUCAAUAAAUAGUGAUGAUAAUGUGAAACCCCGAUCAUCAGAAGGUAAAAGUUAUAACAGAGAAGAGAUACUUGCCCUGUUCAGAAGAAUACAGUCUUCAAUAUGGCGAGAAUCUACUGCUUCCAGAGGGAAAACACAUGGUCCAACUGCUGAAUCCGUUUUAGAAGUUCUGCGCCUAUCAAGGGAGAAAAUGAAAGGGAAGAUCUCAAACCUUGAAGGGGGCACGGGAUCCAGUGAAAAGAAGAGGGAACAGAAGAAAGAUAAAGAUCAGAUGUUACAUCAACCUCUAGAAAAGAUAAGUCGUCCGGCUUCAAAUUUUGUGAAGAGAUCACCAAUCCCAUCUACGUAUGCUGAAAGAGUAGUAGAUGAAGUGCAAAGUGCCAGAUAUGAAAAAGAACUAGAAAUGAUGAAACUUGCUGCACUUAAAGAUUUAGCAAAAUCUAGAGGGGUUAAAGGCUAUUCAAAACUGAAGAAAGGCGGGCUCAUCAAUUUGCUAAAAACCUUAUGAAUGGCUUGAGAAACAGUACGUUAUAAGGCUUUUUGAUUCAAGAUUUUUGCCAAGUAUUCUUGCUUCUAUUAUCACUUGGUUUUAUGAUAGAUUUCAUCUGUGUUUGAUUUAUACUACAACAAAUAUGUAAAAUUCGUAAAGCUCUAUGAGUUGCAUAAAUUUCAUAAUUAUUUGUUUGAGUAUAAAGUUAUUGCAUUGUGAUAUAUGUUUUAUAUAAUUAACAUUAUUAAAUCGACCAAAA